UUAUGUGAUUGGUUGUUAGCGUAGACGGUGUUCAUUGAUGGUUCAUACGGUUUGGUACGAACCUUAACAACAGAAGAAAUUUCGUCUCCUCAUAUGUGCUCUUUUCAACAGUCUAAUAAUCAUCGCUUGCAUUUGAGGAAACGGCCUUAAUAACAAAAUGUCCUACGGGAAAGCAGAAUUCCGCCCUGUCCCAAGAGACUUCAGCUCUCUCAUUCAGACAUGCAGCUCAAACAUCCAGAAGAUCACACAGAACACUGCUCAGAUCAAGACCAUGGUAAACCAAUUGGGGACCAGACAUGACACCAGUGAACUUCAAGAUCGUCUGCAGCAGAUACAGCACUAUACCAACCAGCUUGCUAAAGAAACCAACAAUCAUCUGAAGGAGUUGGGCUCAGUCCCUUUGUCAUCAUCACCCUCAGAACAAAGGCAACAGAAGAUUCAGAGGGACCGGCUUAUGAAUGACUUCUCCGCAGCUCUCAACAACUUCCAAGCUGUCCAGCGGCAAGCAGCAGACAAAGAGAGGGAAUCGAUAGCAAGAGCGAGGGCUGGUUCCCGCCUAUCG